CGACGCAUGGGCAACGUGCACAAUGUGCGUUAAUAGUAAUCCAAUGCAGUUUCCCAUUUCCUCAAAAGUAUCUCUGGACAUUCAGCCUACUUUCACGCUAUCCUCGAGUUGGGACAUCCCUGCCCCCAUUGAAGUUCCGAUUUAAUUUGGUUAAGCAGGUGAUGGCCUUGCGUGCGUGUGGAUUCAUUGUGUUUCGUCGGCUAGCACAGUCUUCACCUCCCCCUGACAACAUUGAGUACCUCCUCCUACAGACUUCAUAUGGCAAGCACCACUGGACCCCACCCAAAGGCCACGUGGACCCUGGGGAGGAUGAUCUCACCACCGCUCUGAGGGAGACGCAGGAGGAAGCAGGGCUGGGGGAGGAGCAUCUGCAGGUGGUGGAUGGCUUUCUCCAGGAGCUGCGCUACGAGGUGAGAGGGCGGCCCAAGACGGUUCUGUACUGGCUCGCGGAGCUGAGGGACCCCAAGAUGGCCGUCACGUUGUCGAAGGAGCACCAGGACUACCGCUGGGCCAAGCUGGAGGAGGCCUGCUCCCUGGCCCAGCAUAAAGACCUACAGGACACCCUGAGGGCAGCACAGCAACACCUAGGCACAGAGCAAGGGAAACAUUAAGACACUAGUACACACAAUGCUGUGCUAGGAAUUGUGAAGAGCAAGCUGUAAAAGCAGCGUGUUUGUAACCUUGUCCCCAGGCUAUUGGGCACAGAUGCGAGAGACUAGUGUCUGUGGAACUGCACAGCCUUGAUAAUUAAUGGAACAGAAAGUGUGAAUCUAAAGUGAGUUAUAAUUCCUAAUUCUAUGGUGGUAAUUUGGUCUGAGCAAGUCAUUGAACCCCUGUGUCACAUACUUAUAUCCCCAAGGAACUGCCACCAAACUAAGGGUCAGAAAAGGAUAAUAUAUGUACUUUAUUGACUACCCCUGUGCUUGGAAACCAGUGGCCAAAUCAUUCAAUAGACACAAUAAGUGUUUUAUGUGUUAACAUUGUGUGAUGACCAAUAACCUUUUUGUCUUGCACUUUAAACAAGAUUAAAAACCAUCCCUUAAAUAUGGACCUUUCAAUAUGCAACUUCAGCAUUGACUCACCGGUCUUUCGCCCUUACUCCUGAGAUAUUUAGGGAAAAUAUAAAGUAAUAUGAUUUUGAUUUAUAAUCACAAUGAGUGGGCAAAUCUAUACACAACUAUGUGAUAGUUAAUUGGACAAUCUCAGUACUGCUGAGAUUUGCACACACCUCGACUGUACUGUGAUCCUGCAACACAUCACCACUAGGGGUAGACAAAAACAAGUUGAAUUUCACAGGAGGUGCACCAAUUCAUUCUCCGGUCAGCCAGGGCACAAUUCAACCAGUGGCUCAUUUCAUGCUUGAGAAACCAGAUGGGAGGUACUUUUGACAAUAAUGAAUCUAGAUUAAUAUUUCAGGUAAAAUGCGCAGCCCAAUAUCCAAUGGAGACUCAUGCACCCCUGUUGUAAACAUAUUCAGGAAAAGCCCCAGAGCAUUCACCCAAUUCAAGUCCUCAGACCUACCAGUUCCAAUGGCUUCCUAAACAAGUUCCCGUGAAUGCAAAAGGACAUGGUUAAAUUCACCUGAAGUAAAUUCUGUUAAACUGUGUGUCCUUUUAAAAAUUUGCA